GGAAAUUAAGCGAUGUCUGUUUCUGACAGGAGGGUUGGUCAGGGAUUAUAUAUAAAGCUCUCAGAUUUUCGUUCAUCCUCAAACGUUUCAACAAGCUUGAAGACUUUCUACCUGUUGCUCAAAGAACACAUCGAAACCUUCAAGAUGCAAAAACUCGUCAUAGCAGUGCUUUUAGUGUUUUCAUUGGUUGUAAUGGAAGUCACGUGUCAGGACGCCAUGUUGGCUCCUCCCGACAGGCCAUCUGAGUUCCGGUCACCUGACCAACUCCGUCAGUACUUGAAGGCUCUCAAUGAGUAUUAUGCAAUCGUUGGCCGCCCAAGGUUCGGUAGAAGUGUGAACAAGAGAUCUGUCAACGAUGCAGUUUUCGGAGAGGCUACAAAAACAGAGUAGACAAUGGCGACGAUGAAGACACAGAGUACUGGCAAUUAGAUUUCUAACCUUCAUCAGCACCCAAAACUGAUCACGUCAACAUCUCAUUGGUUAGAGAAUGCUGCGCCAUUAUGAUGACAGAGCGUAUUGCGUCAUCAUGACGACAGAGCGUAUUACGUCAUCAUGACGACAGAGGUUGACGAAAGUACAGUGUCAUAACUCUUUCUCCAUGACGACGUGAAAUAAGACUCCUCUGUUGAAACAUAUGCUGUGCGUGUUUUUCAUAUUGUUGAAACAAUGAUCCAAUAAAAGGUCGGGAAAUUUAA